AUGGUACAGCAGAAGCACGAUAAGAACGCGGCGUUGAUCGAUUUCGGCGUUGCGCUGUUGGAGAAUGAACGAGUCGAGCAUGCUGCACGCAUUUUUGCAACAAGUGGUCUUCAUGUAAGCUCAGGGAAGUUGGAGUAUUUCGUCGAGCGGGAACGGCGUGCAAAAAGGGCUGACGUUCUGUUGAAUUUGUUUUUGAAUCUCAGUGAUGGUACAAAAGCGACAACGGUCGAUGUGAAUAAUCUACUCCUGAAACUCAUUCCUCUUUUCGGUGCCGAACGAGACGUGAACAGCAUUCAUCGAGUGCAGGAUAAGAUCCGAAGUGUUUCUUUUCCGGUUAAUGAAGAACUUCGGAACUGCAUUGAAAAGAAUCUCGAAAAGAUACGUCAAAUGAAAACGCAUAUUGAUAGUGGUUUUGUUGGUUGUGUAUAUAUGCUUGUUCUUCUGCUAUUGAUUAUUAGGGCAGAUGAUUGUCUCUGUGCACGCACAUCUGAGGAUUGCGCACGUUGUUCGGAGAUUCAUGAAAUUGUGGUUCUCUUCUAUAUAUGGGCUUUGUAUACGCCAAUCGACGAUCUUGCAAUAUGCUCUCAAUCGAAGCGUUUCCAUUGGUUUGCGUUCAUCACUGUACAGGAUAUCGUUGGAUUCUGUGAGGAAUUUCCAAUCGUAUGGUCUGCAAGAUGA